CCUGAAUUCCCAACCCAAACAACCUCAUCAUUGUCACCACCUUCAAAUUUCGCCUACCUGCUCCUUGGGUUUCUUGUUUCUUUGUUCUAUUUUGGCGCUUUUCCUGUCAAGCUUUGGUCAUUUGAUGUAUCAUGUAUGCAGAUUUACUGGGGGAUGCGUGCUGAAGGUUUAAUGUCCUCGUCUCUGGUGGUGGUGGGGGUGGAGGAAGAGACUAAGCUCGUGCGGAAGCAGGGCACAGUCACUAUUCUGAAGACUAUAAGAGGAACGGAGCUUCUACUUUUCCUCCCCUCCCGGCGACGUUUUCUAUCUGUAGACAUAAUUUUCUCCAAGAAAUGGCUCUCCCAAAAGAAGACAGCUUCAUCCCAAAAGCUUUCACAUUCAGAAACCAUCGUUGCUUCUGCUCAUGGAAAAUAUGGUAACUGGACAAAGACCAAUGGCAAUUCGUGUGGGAGGACCAGAACUUCGAUUGUUCCAGGAGGUAUGCAGGAUGAAAUUUCCACUGCUUCUCUCAUCAAGCAUGAUGCAGAGAUGGCCGACAAGCCAGAAGCUGAAAUUGAUAGAUCUGAAUCGAUUCUAAGUUUGAGAAAGAGUACUGUAUGGGGAAAUAGGUCACAUCUCAGAGCUCGUCUAGCCUCAUUCAUGGAAGCCACCAUGGCUGCAAAACUUGUGGUGGUGGGAGGAGCUCUGGUUUCCUUGAUGGCAGUGCUUCUACGGGGCACAAUUAAUAAGGCCUCAAUUUCGUCUCUACUUGGGAAUAAGGAGACCCAACACUAACACC